AUGGCCAAAGGCCGAGGUGGUGGAGGGAGCGGAGGCGGCUCCAUCGACGACAACUGGGGCGCCCCAGGAGUAGUCAAGGCGGAUAUGGCAUUCCGAAUCAUCUGGUUUAUCGUCAGUUUAUGUCUCUUUGGGGCCAUGCUACGACGUCUCCGUCUCGUCCCGUCUGGUCGUUACACACGCGCCCCCUACAUUCUCCUGUCCAUCGUUACGGGCACAACGUCCAUCGGUUACCUUCUCUCUGCAAUAUUGUUAAGAGGCGCGAGCGGCAUGUCUUCUUCGCUUAUGCACAACUUGGACGCGGUCACCAGCGUCUUGUGGAACAUCAAUUCUGCGUUCCAACCAGCGGUCUGCCUCUGGCUCAUCCACCUUCGCGGCAGGUUAACGGGUGCGACUCAGGCAAAGUCAGCUAAGCCUUGGGUAUCCCACUUUUGGAAGCGGAUCGUCGACUGGUCGCUUGUGGCCAUUACCUUUAUCCUUGGUAUCUCGACGAUGGCAAUCGUGGCCAAUGGGUGGACAUUGUAUGACGGACGCCAGAUCAGUGACGGACAACUUUUCGAAAUUAUCGCCGUCAGCCGUCAACUCAACUAUGCCGUAUUCACAUUUGGCUUGCUUCUUUCCGUCGAUAUUAUGGUCUCUUUGAUCGCUCUCAGAAUGUCACAGAAACGAGUCAGCUUUACUGAUCCCUUAACCACACGGCUUCUCGUCGCCGUCUUGCCCUUUGUGAUCCUCGGCUUCAUCCAAUCCCUGGCAGCUUUAAUCUACCAAGAGACGACUCUGAAGUACGCGAUUGACGUCAACGUCUACUACGUCUACAACCUCGUCAUCACUAUCAUCGGUGGUGUGCUCACAAUGGGGAUCAUUUGGGGUCUCCUUUCCACCAUGACGAUGCCCAACGUACUCUGGGUUGCAGGAGCUGCUCCAUCUUCUCUUGCUCUCCCUGUCGGUGAAAACGCUGGAUACAUGCCACAGCAGUCGCAACAAUCCUUCCCUCCCCAGCCACCGGUAGCACAGUGGCAAAGCUCGCCCUACGCGCCUCCUACUCCAGGACAAUACCCCUACCCUGUCGGUCAAUAUCAGCCACCGCAGAAUCCACCACACGCUCAACAAACGUACAAUCCUUAA